UGUAUUUUUUCGAAAAAGGACGAUGUCGAUAUUCUGUCUACAAAAUUUCCAGACUUGUUGUUUCUUUCGUAUUAAAAAAUUGCAAUAUUUAUGUAUUUUAUAAAAUUUCUAGAAACAUGGCUUUCUCAUUGGUCUUCUGUUUUGACUUGAUUCUUCUUGUUUUUCAAUCAAGUUUUAUUGAAACGUCUAGCUCGGAACAACAUAAGCCCUUCCAAUUCGCAGCAUGUGACGUUUUCUGUCAUGGUGAUUUACUUAAAACAAUUCAAAUGAGUAAAAUCUUCCAAGAUUCAAAACAUUUUGUUGAUAUGAAGUUAAAAAAUUUACCAAACAUUACAAUUGAUAAUUUUAAAAAGUUUAUGAGAAGCAAACAUGACAAACCCAGUAUGGACGACUUGGAAUUAUUUAUCAAUGACAAUUUUGAAGACAGUGUCAAAGUAUUUACGGAAUGGUAUCCAAAAGACUGGAAACUUAAGCCAAAGUUUCUCGAUCAUAUUAAAAAUAAUGAAUUCAAGAUCUGGGGUAGCGAUCUCAAUCGAAUUUGGAAGACUCUCGGUCGUAAGCUCAUUGAUGAUGUUUACAAUAAUCCCGACCUAUAUUCCAUAAUUCCCGUCAAGAAUCCAAUCAUUAUUCCGGGUGGUCGUUUUCUUGAAUUCUAUUACUGGGAUUCGUAUUGGAUUAUUCGAGGACUUCUAUAUUCAGAAAUGCACAAGACAGCCCGAGGAAUGAUUUUGAAUUUUCUAUCGAUGAUAGAACGUUUUGGUUUUGUUCCGAACGGAGGCCGUAUUUAUUAUGCCAAACGAUCUCAGCCGCCAUUAUUGGCAGCCAUGAUUGAGUCUUAUGUUGAUUUUACGAAUGAUAAAAAGUUUGCCAUAGAUAAUGUUGGACUCUUGGAGAAAGAGUUCGAUUAUUGGAGGAAAAAUCAUGUGGUUGUCGUUGAUGGUCAUAUAUUGGCUGUUUAUGGAGACAAUUCAACUGGUCCAAGGCCGGAAUCAUAUCGUGAAGAUGUCAACAACUCGCUGGUAUUUCCAACACCAAAACUUCGGCAAGCAUACUACUCUGAAAUUGCAGCAGGUGCUGAGUCCGGUAUGGAUUUUAGCAGUCGCUGGUUUAUAAACGAAAACGGAACGAAUCAGGGUGGUCUCAAGAACAUUAAGUGCCGGUCUAUUGUUCCAGUGGAGUUGAAUGCAAUCUUAUACUGGAAUGCAAAGAUCAUUGCCAAAUUCUAUUCUAUGGCGGAUAACGCUGAAAAAUCUAUGAAAUACAUGUUUUAUGCCAAGCAGAUUCUUGAAGCAAUUGAUGCAGUUCUCUGGAAUGAAGAUGCUGGUGUUUGGCUAGAUUAUGACUUAAUCAACAAGAAAUCACGAAAUUAUUUUGUGCCAACAAAUCUGUCCCCCUUAUGGACGAAUGCCUUUAAUAUCUCCAAUUCCGGAAAUAUCUCGAAACGUGUGCUUGACUACAUUUCCAAGUUGAGGCUCAAUAAUCAUCCAGGUGGAAUUCCAACUACAUUGGUUAAUAGUGGAGAACAAUGGGAUUUUCCAAAUGCUUGGCCACCAAUGCAGUAUAUUGUGGUCAAAGGAUUAGAAAACUUAAAGACUCCAGAAGCUGGAAGGUUAUCAAAGCUGUGGGGUCAUCGUUGGGUACAAUCAAACUACGAAGCUUAUAAGAAAGCUUAUAAAAUGUAUGAAAAGUAUGACUCUGAAGUAUUUGGUGGAAUUGGAGGUGGUGGAGAAUAUAAUGUCCAGACAGGAUUUGGUUGGACAAAUGGUGUUAUCAUAGAAUUUCUUGUAAAGUACGGACGUGAGAUCAAGCCAUUAAAAACAAAACAAUUUGGCUUUAUUUAGAAAGUGGAUAAAUUUAAUAAUAAGAUAGAUAAAUAAACGGAGAGUAUUUAGUUUGAAAAUAUUGCUUUAAUAAAACGUAAGCUUUUUAU